CUCAGCAGCAUAAGCUGUAGACUCCAAGACGAGCAUUCAGCUGCUGUAGCCCAACCAGCCUCACAGCACAGCACAGCACUGCCUGCACCUCUCUGGAAUGUUCCUUUGAGCAGGCGUCCACAGAUAUCGCUCGAAUUAUUCCACUGUCUGUUCAGAGCACAUGCAGAGCAGCCUAGCUUUAGUGCUGUUGACAAGCACAAGCACAAGCUUUUUUACGACAUUUGACCUAUUUCGACAACGUUCACCUUCCGCCUGAUAGGGAGAUUCUGACAGAGCCGCAGAAAAGAGGAACUGCUCCGAAGAAAGAAGAAGAGCCCUCUGAGAAGAGUACUGCACAGAACUACAGAUACAGACGGCGAGUCAGGAGAGGACUUUGUUGCAGUGUACUACAGCGACCCACUCGAGAGGCACACACAGAGUCUCUCUCUCUCUCUCUCCUCCACCCUCGUUCUCGCUCGCGGAGCUAAUUUCUCAUCGGGAGCGGUACCUCUUGGGUCGCUCACGCUGGGGAAGGCAAACCGGCCCGCUUCUCGCGCCCGGCCUAGCUGCCCGCUGCGAACAAUCCAGAACCUGCUGCUCCGCAGGAUCGGCUUGAGCCACGCUGCCGCCAACGCCGGCACCACCACCACCUCUGCAAACAUGCACCUGAAGAGCGUGAAGUGUAACCGCUUCUGUCUGAUCGCCUCGCUGGAGGACCCAGACAUGUUCAACCAGCCGCAGGCCCGGGCGAGCUUUGAGGAGCUCUUCCGUUCCUACGACUCUGAGGCCACCUUCCAGUUCUUUAAGAGCUUCCGGCGCGUGCGCAUCAACUUCAGCGACGCUCUGGCCGCGGCUGAGGCUCGGGCAGCCCUCCACAAGAGCGACUUCCAGGGCAAGGAGGUGCGACUCUACUUCGCCCAGUCUGUGCAUAUAGGUAGUCCCCGACUGGAGCCUCCCAAACCAGACAAGCAGUUCCUGCUGUCUCCUCCUCCCUCUCCCCCUGUCGGGUGGAAGCAGAGAGAGGAUGCCACGCCCGUCAUCAACUACGACCUGCUCUGUGCCAUCGCCAAACUUGGGCCAGGUGAGAAGUACGAGCUGCACACCGCCACCCCCACCACGCCCAGCGUCGUCGUGCACGUGUGCGAGAGCGAGCAGGACAGCUCGAGCGGCGAGGACGAGGCAGACGCCGCCCGACGCCCACGACCCAAAAUCAUUCAGACGCGUCGCCCCGACUAUCCCGUUACGCAGUGAACUGUGGGAAACCAAUCACAUUGCACCAAUCUCUCUGCUUUACGAUCACGGGGGAGGGACCCUGAAGGGGGCGGGGGGACUGAUGGCCUGACGUGACGUGCAGUUGGUCCUCCUCGCCACCAGGUGGCAUAGGAGAGCCCGGACUUGGAGGCCUUCCCUGUAGGGAGUGGGGGCACACUGUACAUUUCCACCAUCUCAUAGUUAGGGACUGGGGGGGGUGAAUGGGUAGGGGUCUUCAUUGCAUGCCGUUAUUGGAAGAGUGGGCCAGCGUAGAGGUUAAAGAAUCGAUGGAUUAGGCUUUUAUUUGACUAAUAUGGGUAUGGUGGAUAUGUCUUGUGUCAUGGAAUUUUUAAUGUUGUUAUUUUUUUCCUCGUACAUGUAUUUUGUUUUCCUUGGGGCGCAUGUUAUAUCCCCCACAAAGUGGUGUGGUGUAUACAUUUACAGUUUGUUACGUAACAUUAUGUCUUUUUUUUUUUUCAUCGGCUAUAGGAGCUCUAGGUAACAACCUGACAAUAGGAUGCUGGAAAUUAUGCUGAUUCAGAUUGUUCAUUCAUCUUUAAAGGGGGGGGGCUUUUUACAUCCAUGCGCAUAGACUGAUGAAAAAAACAUAACCUGACCUAGAUCAUUUUGUCUGAAUUCAUCUACUUCUAAAAACCUUUUUGACAUAGUAAGGGGGACUUUUUGAGCUUUUUGAUGCAGAUUAUAUAUUAUUAAAGCGAAAGGAAGAACUGCAGACUGUACAAGACAUCCCAUGAAGUGUCUUAAAGUCUGUGUUUGUCAUUGUGCCACAAGGACUGCUAGCUCUGUAUACAUUUUCACAUCUUUUUUAAUGACUCGUCUUGCUUUAUCAUAUAAAAUGUUAACUUAGACAUAUAGGCUUUGACAUUUUUUUUACAAACAUGAAAACCCAGUGUGCGUGUGUGCAUGUCUGAACUGUGAUGUGUGUUUUGGUUCUUGCUCACGAGAACGAGCGUGUCAGACAUGACGAGGCCUCUGCCCACAACUGAUAUUCACGUUACUUUGGAAGUGCUCUGCGAGAUGUUUUUAGUAUGAGCAGUGUCUUUUGCCUAGCCUAACCAAGGCCCUCGGCGUACUUAAUUCACAACAUGUAAGACCUCGCGUGAGUCCUGUGGGAGUUUUAUGAAGUGAAGGGUCUCGUAAGGGCAGCCUUCGCACCAUUUCAGCCUAGGGAACUCUUAAGGGCUGAACCCAGGAUCUGUUCGGAAUGAAAGCGUGCACGUUUCUAUAUGUAUAUCAGAGUGUAUGUAUUUGUUAAAAGCCUUUUUGUAUACUGUUCUUUACAUACAGUUUCAAGAAAAAAAAAGAACAAAUAAAUCAAUUAACACGAAUGACGCAUUACUUAGAUGGCUGGUUAUGUGUGUGUGUGUGUGAGGGCUACUUGAUGUACUCAAAGCACGUUCACGGUCAAAUGUAACUAAGACUCACACGGAACAAUAAACUCCAUGAACUCA